UCGAGGCCUGUGAGUGGUCGGCUGCUGCACGCGACCUGUUUGGCGCGCUUUGUCCGGUCCAAGCGGGCUUUCGUCCGUUAAACGGUCGCGGGAAGGGACGAUGUGGAACAAUCCGGGUUCUUUUAGUGGAGGUUAUGGAGGAUUUGGAGAUACUGGUGCUGGAGGUGGGGGCUACUUGCAGUCACCUGGUGGGUUUGGCUCACCAGCUGGAGCCAGCCAAAGUGACAGAAAAACGAGGUCACGGGCCCAGCAAAUAGUUCCUUGUACGGUGUCACAGCUAAUGUCUGCUAUUCAAACAGAAGAGAUUUUCAGGAUUGGAGAGGUGGAAUUAUCUCAGGUAACUGUGGUUGGCAUGAUCAAAGAUGCAGAAAAAGCACCAACAAACAUUUUGUACAAAUUGGAUGAUAUGACUGCACCCCCUAUGGAUGUAAGACAGUGGGUAGAUACUGAUGAAGCUGGAAGUGAGAAUAUUGUUGUUCCUCCUGGUAGCUAUGUAAAGGUGGCUGGCCAUCUCCGAUCAUUCCAGAACAAGAAGAGCUUGGUAGCUUUUAAAAUCAUGGUUUUGGAAGACAUGAAUGAGUUAACAUCUCACAUGUUGGAGGUGGUGCAGGCUCACUUGCUGUUAAACAAACCACCGCUUGUACCUGGAGGAUCUCUAGCUUUGCACACCCCAAUGCGAAAUGAAGGGACAAUGGGAUUAUAUGGUGGUAAUGAUGCAUUGAUGAAUGGACUAACAAGUCAACAAAGUCAGGUAUUGAAUUUGAUUCGCAACUGUCGAGAACAGGAAGGCAUGAGCAUUGACUACAUGAGGAAAACAUUGAAGAACAUGAACAUCGUUGCAAUCAAGCAAGCAGUAGAAUUUCUGAGCAAUGAAGGGCACAUCUAUUCUACAGUGGAUGAGGAUCAUUUCAGGUCAACAGAUGCUGAAUAAUUGAGUAAUAAAAUGAUGUGAUAAAAUUCUGAAUCAUUCUACAACCUGCAGAAUCUAUCAUCGAGUAGUAAAAUGUAAAUAACCUAUUAUAACAUGAAGAGAUGAGUGCCUCUAUGUUCUACUUGGAUUUUCACAAACUUCCGCAUUUUUGGUUUUGUAAAUUUGCACUUUUUUUGUAUCAUGAUCAAAAAUAAACUCUUUGAUCUUAAUAGUU